CUCUACCCUUCUUUCUCUCUCUACCUUCCCAAGCCACUCACAGACUCCAGAAGUAGGUGAAAAGCAAACAACCCCUCAGAUUUUUUACAUUACCAUCUUCACCAUAACCACUGUUGCUUCUUCCUCUUCCAAGUUCCAACCUAAUUCCCUCAGCAACCGCGAGAAAAUCGCCCAGAAAGUGCGAGAAAAUCAAGGUAGAAGGGGUUACCUACCCUUUUGUGGGGGUGAAUCAAGUUGGGAUCUUUGAGUCACGGGUGAAUCAUCAGAUGUCACCAUUGAGCGUGGAGCAGUGAAAGGUUGUUGCUUUUUGGUCAGAUCUCGGUGAUUUUUGUGGUGGGGUGGAUCUCUCUGAUGGGUUGACUGAAUGAGGAACUGGGAUUGGUUUUCUGUGGUUUGAAUUUUGAAAUGUUGUGGGUUUUCUUCAAUUCGUAAACUUGUGAUGAUAUGGGGUUGAAUUGAACUCAAUGUUAGUGGUUCAGUGAUAGUGUGAUACUGUGUGUUGUAUGUGUUUGUGGAAAUGUCUGCUUCUUUGGCGGCUUUCGAGCGACCUCGACCUGUGGCAUCCAAUACGGUUUUCAAAAGUGGCCCACUUUUCAUAUCUUCCAAAGGAAUAGGCUGGAAGUCUUGGAAGAAGCGGUGGUUUAUACUUACACGGACAUCAUUGGUUUUUUUCAAAAAUGACCCUAGUGCCCUUCCCCAGAGAGGUGGUGAAGUAAACUUGACUCUGGGGGGUAUUGACUUGAACAAUUCCGGGAGUGUUGUUGUUAGAGAAGACAAAAAGCUACUUACGGUAUUAUUUCCAGAUGGACGUGAUGGGCGAGCAUUCACCCUUAAGGCUGAGACAUCGGAAGACUUAUUUGAAUGGAAGACAGCUCUUGAGCAAGCCCUUGCACAAGCACCAAGUGCUGCCCUUGUCAUGGGACACAACGGGAUUUUUCGGAGUGACGCGAGUGAUUCUAUUGAAGGGUCUUUCCAUCAAUGGAGGGACAAGCGUCCAGUUAAGUCUUUGGUUGUUGGAAGACCAAUUCUUUUAGCACUGGAAGAUAUUGAUGGAGGUCCAUCUUUCCUUGAGAAAGCUCUUCGGUUUCUGGAGAAGAAUGGAACUAAAAUUGAAGGAAUACUGCGGCAGUCUGCAGACGUUGAGGAAGUAGAUCGGAGAGUUCAAGAAUAUGAGCAAGGCAAGACUGAAUUUGGUCCUGAGGAGGAUGCCCAUGUUGUUGGUGACUGUGUCAAGCAUGUUUUAAGAGAGCUGCCCUCAUCUCCAGUUCCAGCUUCAUGCUGUACUGCUUUGUUGGAGGCCUAUAAAAUUGACCGCAAGGAAGCUAGGAUUAAUGCAAUGCGCUGUGCAAUUUUGGAGACCUUUCCAGAACCAAAUCGACGUUUGUUACAGAGAAUUCUAAAGAUGAUGCACACAAUUGCUUCUCAUUCUCAAGACAAUAGGAUGACUGCUUCUGCUGUUGCUGCUUGCAUGGCACCCUUGCUUUUAAGGCCUCUACUAGCUGGAGAAUGUGAACUGGAGGAUGAGUUUGAUGUCAAUGGUGAUAGUUCAGCUCAGCUUCUUGCUGCUGCUAAUGCUGCAAAUAAUGCUCAAGCAAUUAUUACCACAUUGUUGGAGGAGUAUGAAAACAUUUUUGAUGAAGAAAACAUUCAGAGAUGUUCUAUGUCAGCAGACUCUCGGGUUGAAAACAGCGGGACUGAAGAGUCGACUGACGAUGAUAAUAUAGAUGUGAAAGAAAAUGGUUACCAUGAUGCGGAGAAUGAAGUUGAUCAAGAGACAGAUGAUGAUGCUGAUCGUGUUCACAGUGGAAAAUCGAGUGAAAGUAGUGGUUAUGCUGGUAGUGAUCUUUAUGAUUAUAAGGCAUUUGGAGCUGAUGAUUCCGAUGUUGGAUCCUCCAGUAGUAAUCAUGUUAAGGCUGGAAAUUCAAAUUUGAAUGCUAUUCCUGAUAUCCAACUGUCUGAGGAUCAAAAUAAGCAAAGAAAGAGCAAGGAGAACUCUGUUGAUGAGAAGGAUGCUCCAAAUGUGUUGCCUUCCACAGAGUCAUAUCGUUCUAUGGGUGAGAUUUUAUCUUCAAUGGACCCUGGCAACCAUUUACCUGUGCCUGGGAUUGAAUCAGGUUCUGGAAAGCAAACCAGUAAAGCUAGUAGCUCAAAUUUAAGUUCUAAGCGGUCAACAUUCUGGGGAAGGAGCAACCCGAGGAAGACACCGUCCGUGGAUUCCGUUGAUUCUUCCGGUGAAGAGGAGCUUGCUAUUCAGAGACUAGAGAUUGCAAAAAGUGACCUGCAACACAGAAUAGCAAAGGAGGCGAGAGGCAAUGCAAUUCUGCAAGCAAGCUUAGAGAGAAGGAAGCAAGCUUUGCAUGAGCGGCGCUUGGCACUUGAACAAGAUGUUUCAAGAUUACAAGAACAGUUGCAAGCUGAGAGGGACCUUAGAGCUGCAUUGGAAGUUGGUUUGAGCAUGUCUACUGGACAGCUUUCGAGUUCACGUGGCAUGGAUUCCAAGACUAAGGCUGAGCUGGAGGAAAUUGCACUUGCUGAAGCUGAUGUGGCCAGGUUGAAGCAGAAGGUUGCAGAGCUGCACCAUCAACUUAAUCAGCAACGACAGCAUCACUAUGGUUCACUUACCGAUGUGGGUGAUCGGUACCAACAUGCCCAAAAUCAACCUCAGCCGAGAUUUCUUCAGCAAGAUUUUGAUUCAACCCUUGCGUUUUGUAAUCAUGAAAGGAAGCAAAGGACUGAGGAGAGUGUAUUGGGCACUGAUUGGAGAAACAUCAAAGGACAAAUAUUGGCAUCUGGUAAUGGUAGUAGGCAGCCUUCUCGCAAGCAAUUUAUAGAUUCAAGUCCUAGCGAUUCGAAGAGUACUGAAGCAUCAACAAGCAUGUCAGUGGAUGAGCUUGGUGUUGUUGAUUCUGCAGCCUCGGUGCCCUCCACCUCAAGAGCUGCAGAGGUGACUGAAUUUGCAAGACAUCCUGUAGCAUCUUCGACAUUAGUAGAGUUAACCACUCGUCUCGAUUUUUUCAAGGAACGUCGUUCCCAGUUGAUGGAACAGCUCCAUAACCUUGAUUUGAAUUAUGGUUCUACAACUUCCCAAGACUUUGUUUAUAAACCAUCAUCACCAUCAUGGAGUUGACUUGGCCAAAUAAGGUGCUUCAUAAAAUCCAUGGGAAAGAAUUUUUUGCUGACAUGUUUGUAUAGCCUUUGUCUCAUUGCAUAUAUUUAUAUCCUUUGUGGUCCAUGGAUUGUUUCAUUCUCUAAGUUCCUAUUUAAUUUCUUUGUUCUUGUUUUCUUUUGCUAGUGAAAGGUCAUUGGAGUUGAAAUGAGAAUCUUUACUUUAGUCUUUUUGCAUUCCUUUUUCUCGUUAGGUAAGGAGUGUUGGAGUUUGGUGUAAUUAUUGUGUUAUAGAUAGGGGAAUUUUGUUGAACCAAAAAAUCACACUGAGGAAAUUUUAGUAUCGUUUUGGCAUAUUCUUUGUACGUAAGGAGAUGCAGUUCCAAGGAUAUGUCACUCAUGUUGAAAUGAUUAUGAUUGUAUAUCUUAGAAGGUUAUUUGUGAA